GGGGAAGGCGUGGGACGGCUGCGGAAACUCCAGGAAUCCCCUGGUCACCUCUGGAGACAGCGAUGGUCACCAUGAAAGGCUGGAUCCUCCUCCUCCUCUGGGGAGCCACGUCUGUUUUAGGACAAAGGAUUCUGAAACCAGCCCUCAGCAGGGUCCAGAUAGGACAGAGAACCUUCAGCCCGCUGGUAAUGCUCAGCUUGGAGAGUACGAGGAGCAGCUCUCGCCGGGGAGACCCAACCUUCACCUACGUCAGACGCAGUCCACUGGUGCAGGAUUCAAAAAGGUUUUUGUCUCCAUGGUCGAAAUGGAGCGAGUGCUCAGCAAAGUGUGGCCAAACCGGGGUGCAGAAGCGUACCAGAUCCUGCCUAGCUGAGCCCCUCUGGGGCGUGCACUGCAACGAAGCAACCGAGGAAGGGCGGCUCUGCAUUGGACAUGUUUGCUCAGCCUGCAACAUCACCUGCCCCAUGGGCCAUGUCAAUGCUGACUGUGACACUUGCAUGUGUGAGGAUGCCACCCUGCAUGGGAAGGUGUCUCUCGAGGAUGGGUCACCUGCUGCCGAUGCCCGGGUCUACCUGCAAGCCAAGAAACUCAAGCUGUUGACAAUGGCUGAUAACAGAGGCAUGUUUAUGAUCCCAGGGGUUUGUCCUGAUGGGAAAAACACCCUUAAAAUAAAGAAAGCAAAAUAUGCAACAGCAACUGUCACCGUGCCUGAGAGCAACCGGAGAAACCUGGCAAUCCAAGUGCAGCUGCACCGAUCAGGCAAACCCUAUGUUUUCAGGAGCCCUGAGGACAAAGCCAGGAGAGUGGGACAGAGCGUGUCACUCUGCUGUGAUGCCCGAGGGAGCCCAGCUCCUGACCGCUACCUCUGGUACCACAAUGGCUCACUGCUGGAUCCCUCCUUGUACAAAUAUAAAAACAACCUGAUUCUGAAGAACCUGAAGAGAGAACAGUCAGGAGAGUAUUUCUGCAAGGCCAGCAGUGCCGGGGGGUCAGCAAAGUCCCAAGUUGCCAAGCUGGCUGUCAUAGGAAGACAAGAGGCAGCCUGUGACUCCCAGCCCCAAAGCCACCUCAUCCGACUUCCUCACGAUUGCUUCCAAAAAGCAACAAACUCCUUCUAUUACGACGUGGGCAAGUGCCCAGCAAAGACCUGUGUAGGGAAGCUGGAUAAGGGACUUCGGUGUAAGGACAAUGUCUCCUACUGCUGUGGGGUGUCCAAGAUGGAAACCAGGGACAUCUCCUGCGAUGGCUACACGCUCCCCACUAAAGUCAUUGUCGAAUGUGGUUGCAAAAUAUGCACAGAGACCAAAAUAAUGGUUCGAGGCAGAGCCACAGCAGCAGAUAAUGGUGAGCCACUGAGGUUUGGCCACAUCUACAUGGGGAACAAGAGAGUGAGUAUGACUGGCUACAAGGGAACCUUCUCCAUCCACGUCCCAGCAGAUAUGGAGAGACUGGUUCUAACUUUCGUGGAUCGGCUGCAGAAGUUUGUGAACACAACAAAAGUUCUGCCCUUCAAGGAAAAUGGAGGUGCUGUAUUUCAUGAGAUCAAGCUACUGAGAAAGAAAGCCCCUGUUACACUGGAAUCCACGGAAACUAAUGUGAUUUCUCUGGGGGAAAUGGAAGAAGAUGAUCCAAUUGCUGAAUUAGAAAUUCCUCCCAAUGCAUUUUAUAGAAAAAAUGGAGAGGUCUACAGUGGCAAAGUGAAAGCCAGCGUGACAUUUCUGGACCCAAGAAACAUCUCCACAGCCCCUGUGACACAAAGUGACCUGAACUUUGUAGACGAGGAAGGAGACGUAUUUCCACUCCGUACGUACGGUAUGUUUUCUGUGGACUUCACAGAUGAAGAGGGCAGCGAGUCCCUCAAUGCAGAAAAGGUGAAGGUUCAUUUGGAUGCUGCUCAGGUCAAGAUGCCAGAACAUGUGCAAGAGAUGAAGCUUUGGUCCCUGAACCCAGAGACAGGGUUAUGGGAGGAAGAAGGGGACUUUAACCUCGAGAAAAGCACACGGCACAAAAGGGAGGAGAGAACCUUUUUGGUUGGGAACAUGGAGAUCAAAGAGAGGCGUCUUUUUAACCUGGAUGUCCCUGAGAGCAGACGGUGCUACGUCAAAGUCCGAGCCUACAGAAGCGAGCGAUUUCUGCAAAGUGAGCAGAUCCAAGGGGUUGUGAUUUCUAUUAUAAACAUGGAGCCAGAACCAGGGUUCUCCUCCAACCCCAGAGCAUGGGGCCGUUUUGACAGUGUAGUCACUGGUCCCAACGGUGCCUGUGUGCCCGCCUUCUGUGAUGAGCAAAACCCCGAAGCCUACGGAGCUUAUAUCUUGGCAAGCAUGGGGGGUGAAGAGCUCGAAGCUGUGCCCUCUGCUCCCAAACUCAACCCUGUUGCUAUUGGGGUCCCACAGCCAUACCUCAACAAGCUGAACUACAGGAGGACAGACCACGAGGACUCCAACAUCAAGAAAACAGCAUUCAGCAUUAACAUGGCCAAGCCAAGCCCUAACUCCCCAGAAGAGAACAAUGGCCCUAUUUAUGCCUAUGAAAACCUCAGUGAAUGCGAGGAAGCUCCACACAGUGCUGCUCACUUCAGGUUUUACAGGAUAGAAGGAGACCGGUAUGACUACAACACUGUUCCUUUCAGUGAAGAUGACCUCAUGAGCUGGACCGAUGACUACCUGGCAUGGUGGCCCAAGCCCAUGGAAUUUAGAGCCUGCUACAUUAAAGUAAAAAUAAACGGACCCCAAGAAGUGAAUGUAAGAUCUCGUAACAUGGGUGGGACACACCCACGCACCAUCGGCAAGCUCUACGGCAUCCGGGAUGUGCGCAGCAUCCGUGACCCCCAGCAGCGGGACGUGUCGGCAGCCUGCCUGGAGUUCAAGUGCAGCGGAAUGCUCUUCGACCAGGACCGUGUGGACCGCACGCUCGUCAAAGUGAUCCCACAAGGCAACUGCCGUCGCGUGAGCGUCAACAGCAUGCUCCACGAGUACCUGGUGAACCACCUCCCCAUGGCCACCAACAACGACACCAGCGAGUACACAAUGCUGGCACCUCUUGACCCGCUGGGACACAACUACGGCAUCUACACAGUCACUGAUCAAGACCCAAGGAUAGCCAAGGAAAUCGCCCUGGGCAGAUGUUUCGAUGGCACAUCUGAUGGCACAUCCAGAAUCAUGAAGAGCGAUGUCGGCGUUGGGUUGACUUUCACCUGUUCAGAGAGGAGCACGACAGAGCAAAGCAUCUUCCAGUCUCAGAGGAACUUGGGCCAGCAGUCUCCAAGGGACCCGGGCCGGCAGCCUCCGAGGGACCCGGGCCGCCAGCAGUCGCCGAGGGACUGGAGCCAGCAGCCUCCGAGGGACUCGGGCCAGCAGUCCAUCCUGGUUCUGCCAGGGCAAAGCCCUGUGUACCAGAGGCCGCCGGCAAGCCGCCGUAACAACCAAGCCAGGAUCCCGAUGACAGGUCAACGUCCCACCUACUAGAACUGUAUAGGAGCAUUGGUAAAGUCACUCACGCUCAAU